AUGGCAAGUGAAAAACUCGGCCUGUAUGAGCAGGCACGAGAUGCAAGCCUCGAUCCGACUGUCGAAAGUCCUGUAUCCCAGCAAGAUGAUGCAGAACCCGAACUUUUCACACACUCUGAAACCCGAAAAAUCGUCCACAAGAUCGAUCGACGUCUCCUCUCGAUCUGCGGUCUUAUGGUCGCCGUCAGCUUGAUGGAUCGAAGUAAUCUCUCCAACGCUUAUAUUGCUGGCAUGGGUAAGGAGUUGAAACUCACCGUUGGAACACGAUAUUCUCUUGUUGUCCUCAUCUUCUUUGGCCCAUACAUUGCAUUUCAAGUUCCUGCCGCCAUAGUCGUCAAAAAACUGGGACCGAGGUGGACUCUUCCAGGCAUGACCCUGCUUUGGGGAGGUCUUGUCAUAGGAUUUGGAUUCGCUAAGCACUGGACGGUUCUGAUCGGUCUCCGUAUCAUUCUGGGCAUCCUCGAAGCUGGCCUGUUUCCCGGUAUCAUCUACCUAAUCUCGCUUUACUACACUCGCUACGACAUGGCUAGACGGUAUGCCUGGAACUACCUAAUUGGGAUUGUUGGGUCAUCUUUUAGUGGAAUCCUGGCAUAUGCCUUCAUUCAGAUGCAUGGGCAGGCAGGACUGGAAGCUUGGCAAUGGAUUUUCGUGAUGGAAGGUAUCUUGACCUGCGUUAUCGCUGGGGCCGCAUUUGUGCUUCUCGUGGGCUAUCCAAGCAAUCCCAAGGCGUGGAAAUUCCUGAAACCUGACGAAUUGGCUUACAUGAUCCGGCUCGUCGAGAAGGAUCGUCGAGACACCGAGGCUGACCAGAAGUUCAAUCUACGAAAAUUCCUCCGCCCUGGACUUGAUCUGCGCAUCUGGGGCUACGGAAUGCUCUACACAUGUGCGACCGCCCCUGCCUAUGCCGUGUCGUAUUUCCUCCCAUUGAUCUUGAAUUCGAGAAUUGGCUUCAGUGCGGGGGUUUCUCAACUUCUAACCACGCCUCCGUACAUCUUCGCGGCCAUCCAAAUGUACAUUCAAGCUUGGCUCAGCGACAAGUACCGCAUUCGGAGUGUGGUCAUCCUUCUGAAUGUUGUGGAGUCUGUUGUCGGCCUGGUUCUGUUGAGCUGGACCGAAGUGCCUGGAGUGCAGCUAUUUGCGGUCUUUCUCGUGACCGCCGGUUGCAAUUCGUCAAUUCCUUGUGUUCUCUCGUGGCAGGCAAAUAAUAUUCGAGGCCACUGGACUCGGACCUUCUGCAGCGCUACGCUGACCGGAAUGGGAGCGGUGGGAGGCAUUCUCGGCGCCUUGACAUUCCGCUCGCAGGACUUUCCGACGUACCGCCCCGGUAUCUACACCGCACUCACUUGCAACGGGGUUAUUGUCCUAGUGACAGUGUCAAUGGUUCUAUAUUUCCGUCGGCACAAUCGAUUGGCGGAUGAGGGAAAGGAAGUCAUUGCCGGCCUGGCAGGUUUUCGAUACACCUAUUGA